UACGCCUCUGAGCUUCUCUGUCGAUAGAGUCGGAUCUUUAGCGCGAUCUUUCUUUGCUCUUGAGUGUGGGAGCAAGGUCCGUUGGCUUAACACAAUUACCCAACAGAUAUGUCGUCCGUAUCAACUUCAAAGCCCUCGUAAAUCAGUCAUAAUUACCUUGGCUUGAUGUCAAAAAGAGAAAGGGAUAGAAAGUAAAAGGGGUCAACUGUGAACCAAUCAUUAAUGCACUUUUUAUCAUCCUACAAUAUUAGUCUGUGCUAGGUAUCCCGUAGGUUUCGGCACAAGGCGUGCGUCGGAAACGACUUUGAGUUCUUCAAUUGGGAAUCCCAUCAAUGAAUAGGCUUGAGCUUCCAGUCCCACUGAAUCACGCAUCUUUCUACCGCCAUGAGCGUCGAACAUGCCAAGAACGCCCAUGGCCAAGUUUCAAUUCUUGCCGUAGAGCCCAAUGACAUCGAUGAUCUCGUUACUAUCCACACCGCCGCGUUCAAGACCGAUCAGUUUUCAAAUUUGAUGCUUCUCGACCGUGAAGAAGGCGCUCAUCAAAACCUCAUGCACAAGUCCAUUCUACACUGGCUAUCGAAUUCCUCUUCUACCAAGCUUUUUAAAGCGGUCGACAAGGAAGGAAAGAUCCUCGGCUGGUCAUGUUGGGUUGUGAAGGUAUCGGAACAAAAGAAACCGGAUGCGAGAAAGGCUUCUCAGGCAUCCUCUGAUUCAAAAUCGAACAAAGAAAAAACACUUUCUGAGAAGGAUACGCCUCGAGAUCCUGCUCGAGUGUUGGGUGGAAUCAUGCACCGAGACAUGACUUCGUGGGAAUCCCGGCAUUUGGGGGGAAAGAAAUAUGCGAUCCUGCAAGCCUUGGCGACAGAUCCUCCAUAUCAGGGACAGGGCAUUGCAACGAAAUUGAUUCAGCAGCGAGUUGAAGAUGUUGAUUCACAUAAUCUUGCGUGCUGGAUCCACGCCUCGCCCUCAAGUUACAGACUUUACGAAACGGCUGAAUUCCAGGAGAUUGGGAAGAGUGAAUAUGAUCUUGGUAAAUGGGCACCAGGAGGGACAGGCGACAAACUUUGCUGGGAAGUUUACAUAUUUCGGUACAUGCUUCGCCCAGCAAGAGCCUGAACUAGAC